AAGUGAUUACCCCACUCUCUCUCUAACUGGUCCCUCAAGCUCCCACCACCUUCCCCACAUUUCUUCCCCAUUCUCUCUCUAAAACCAUUUCUUUUUUCUCAGCUACAAAAAUCGAAACUUUCCGACGAGUUUUUAACAUUAGGACUUCAUUCGGCAAGAAGCAUUACCGUAGUAUGUCGGAUUUGAUUUAAGAUGACAUGAGAUAUGGCUGCAUUGAAUCUAUCAAAGAGGUCAAUUUGUGAAACAUGCGGACAUCAAGGAUGGAAGAAUUCACUUGUAACUUGCUCUAAAUGCCGCAUAGCCUGUGAACACUGUUAUUGCAUGCGGGAGAGUUCAUUUGAGACCUCAAUACAUUUUGUCUGUGCUGAUUGUUCGAUGAGACCUGUUCAAAACAAAUUUACUUCAGAUUCUAUCAAAGGAGUCCCUAGAAGUAUUAGGAAUAAAGUGCGGGUGGAAUCUUCAAAUCCAGUUCCUAAAUGGAAAAAAAUUCCUGAAACGUCAAGGAUGAAGUUAAUUUCACCAGAGGAAGUAAAAAAACUUGCAUGUGGAGGCAGUACCAGUAAACCAACUUUUAGAGUACCAAGACCUGUUUCAGCUCGUCCUCCAAUGGGUUUAACAAAACCAACUGCUGGCUUUCCAAGAGCUAGGAGUCUAAAUUCUACAGUGGUGGCUCGCAAAACCAAAUCAAUUUACCUUCCACCUAAAAAGGUUGAGCCUCUUAGUCCUCGUACUCAACAGAUUCGUCCAGGGGUCAUGAGACAAGCUUCUAAAGCACAAGCAGUAGGAGAAGGGUCAAAAUCAAAAGUUGGCGAUGGAGCUAAAUAUCAUGAUUCCAACGAGAUAUGCCGAUCAAUUUUAUCAGAGAAAUUGUUGCAAUUACUUCCAUAUCGACCAGCUUUGCACCCCAUUUGGAAGGGACGCAUAGUGGAUUCUGCUACACCAUCUGAGUUUAAUGGCGAGUUCUUAGCUCAACCGGCAUCUAAAGUCCGAGGGAAGGCUUAUAUACUUUCAAAAGCUAUUCCUGUCUUACUCAAGGUCAAAUUGGUUCCUAUAGGCAAUCUUCUGAGUGGUUUGUUUAUGAACAGAAAACCAGGGCUUUCAGAUGUCGAGAUGUACAUUUUCCCAGAUGACAAGAACACAAAAAGGUUUACAGCGGAACGUGAUCAUAUCUUUGAGGCCAUGAGGAUUCGCAAUGCCAUGAUGAAAUUUAACAUCAAUGGCACACCAUUGUUGAUAUUCUCUUCAAAACUACUGGACAAGUCCUCCCAGAGUAAGCCUAAUGUAUGCUUACAGAUCUAUCAUUGGCUUCAAAAAUAUGAAUAAAACUCGUUUUGUGUUUGCAGUUAUCAUCAAGAUGCAGAAGAAAACAAAUAACUUCCUUUGGGGGAUUUUUCUCCUGACGAAAAAGUCUUUAGCACUUCUUCCAGGAACAUCGAAUCAAACUCCCCAACAUUUUGAUGAUGGAUAUGUAGUUGACAAUGACACUGAACCUUUCUUCAGACGAUACCACCGGAAUUGUGGGAAGCAAUUGCAGAGACAUUAUGGUCAGAGGGAUUGAUCAAAUGGGGAGUGGCUUAUGUUGUCUCAAGGAAAUUGCUAUAUAGAUUAGUGCUACUAAUCUCUGAUUGUACUGUUCUAUAUUGGUGUAAGAAGUAAAAAAUUUAACCCUUGUGUUACUUUUUACCUCCUGAUUGCUUGUAGAUUUUUAUGGGGUAUUAAAUAAAGGUUAGAUUGUUUAUAUAAAUAAGGGAUAAUCAAAAGUAUGAAAUUUGUAUCCAAUAGGCAAGACUAGAGUAUUUAAAACAUUUUUGGAAAUGGC